GGGAGAGGAAGAAGGAAAGGUGCUGCUUUUAGUACCAUCAAUACAACUUAAUUCUUCAGAGGUCAAAGCAGAAGACAGACACAUCCAAGUGUGAACACGUGAGGUGAAGUGGAUUCUAAGGAGGCUCUGAGGUGGAUUGAUGUAAACUGACUUGAUCCAAGACAGCAAGAGAUCCUGGGCAACUGAGACGCCGCAGAAAGAGGAGGAGGUAGAGGAGGACCAGAGAUGGCUGAAGCAGCAAAGAUUGAACUAUUUGUUAAGGCAAGCGAUGAUGGUGAAAGUGUUGGUAACUGCCCAUUUUGUCAGCGGCUCUUCAUGAUACUCUGGCUGAAGGGGGUCAACUUCACCCUCACUACAGUGGACAUGAAGAGAGCUCCAGAGGUACUAAAGGACUUGGCUCCAGGUUCUCAGCCCCCUUUCCUCAUCUAUAAUGGAGAGGUCCGUACUGACACCAACAAAAUUGAAGAGUUUCUGGAAGAGACCCUUGCUCCCCCACACUAUCCCAAGUUAUGCUGCCGCUAUAAGGAGUCUAACACAGCAGGAGAUGACAUCUUUCACAAAUUCUCGGCAUACAUCAAAAACCCCAAUCCUGGGCUCAAUGACAUGCUGGAGAAGAAAUUUCUAAAGAGUUUGAUGAAGUUGGAUCAAUACUUGUUGACUCCUCUUCCUCAUGAACUGGACCAGAAUCCAGAUUUGUCCCAGUCCACAAGACAUUACCUGGACGGAAAUGCGCUCUCUCUUGCUGACUGCAACCUGCUUCCAAAGCUCCACAUUGUCAAGGUGGUGUGCAAGAAGUACCGUGGUUUUGAGAUCCCUGCAGAGCUAAAAGGCCUCACAAAGUACUUGGACAAAGCAUACAAGGAGGAUGUUUUCCACCUCACCUGCCCCAAAGACAAGGAGAUUCUGCUUGCCUACCAUUCAGUGGCCAAAUAUCUCAACAAGUAAAACUGGACUUUAAAGGAG